UUAUUGUGCAUAACCCGAAUAACGUUCUUUCUCUGGCGCUCUGUGUCCUGGUCGUCACCCCGGUGGAAUGAUGACAUCCCUCUUGCCUGUCUCUCAUGCCAUUGCCUUCCAUCAGUGUUGUUACCACCUAAUAGCAAAGGCGCACUUUGGAGGCGGUGCUUUGACACGUUGAAGUAGACACGCAUUCAAUAGCUGUCAAACUAAAGCGCCACCGUUUCAAUUACAGCGUGAUUCUCCUCUAGCGGUGUUAAAAAUGUGCUGUGGAUUUGUGUUUCACCAGUCCCUUAGCUGGCGAUCAAAGGCCUGUCACCACACAAACGUCUAUUUCUGGUGCUCAACAGGUGGUAACAAGCCCACUGAGUUUCUCACUGUAUUAAACAAAUCAACAAACCGCCACAGAGGCCUCUGGACGAGCCUUGAAUGCCUUUGAACAACAGGGGAAUGAAGCAUGGCGCUUGUGGGCGUGGCAUGUUUCCCUUCUGUUGCCGACUCCUGUUUCUGUGUCCAUGUCCUAAACACAAACAAAGAGGCUCGCGUUUGACAAUCAACAGCAGAUGCAGGGACCGUCCUGCAGAUGAGGCAAAUGGAGAACCGCUGUUGACGUAAAAGGAGGCUUGGUCCAAAAAGUCCAGAGACCUUUCUUAAAAGCUUCUCUAAUGCAGCCAGCUCUUGUGAGCCACUACUGACCCCGCUACCUAGAAAGGAGCAUCACGAGUGACACGCUGGAGUCGCUGGUGCUCUCAUUAACAGAUGCAAAUGUCAUGUUGACAAAUGACAGACAGUUGGCAACCAGCACGGUAUGUAUACAUCACGUGUACAAGAUACCAGGACCAUCUGCUCUUGUCAUCAAAGACACGGCAAGACUGCAGAUCACCUUCUUGUAAACCCCCGUCUGAUGCCGCCUACCAUCAAGUCACAACAUAUUUUUCCCUUAAAGGAUAAAGCUGGUGAUAGUAUAAGUUUUAUUAUCAACAAAUCCCAUGAAAAGACCAAAUCCUGCAACAACUAUAUCCUGCUAACAAGUAGUGUGUCUGUAGCCUAAACCUGACAUUGUUUAUUCCUCCAUGGCAACGAUCCUGAAUGUUAUCCAAACAACUAGUGAGCCAUGUGUGACGUUACCCUCAUUAUCAUGAACAUGGCCACUGUAGUUUAUCUUGACUCGAUCCCACAUACCUCCAUCCUGCUAUGGAAAUGCUCACGAGUGCAGCCUGUGUAUUAAUCCGCUGCUGAAAAUAGUCCCCAACAAAUACCCUGUUUACGUGUCUUUGAGUAACAUUUGCUCAAAACUACAGCUCCCAGCUGUUUGAUAGGAUGACUUUGCCUUUAUAAAAAUGAAUGUGCGGCCUGCUUCUAAAGAUGUUUGUCUUCAGUUGGAGCCAGUGGGCUUAUGGCUGGGUUCCAUUAAUAGAGUAGGAGAAAGAUCAAGAGAUGGACCCAGGCAUCAUUGGUUUUGGUCUUUUUCAAUGGGAGUUGUUGACAGUAGGAAAAAUAUAGAGCAACACCCGUCUUGACCUUUAGAAUAAGUGAAAACUUAAAAUCUAAACUUAAGAAUAAGUAGUAUUUCAGCUUUAGAGUAUUUCAAAACAAUGGUGAAUUGACCCUUUAAAAAAAGGUUAAUCCCAGUAGAGCUGUGUUCCGGACAUCUUGUACACUCAUCCUUACUCACACAAUAAAUACUGACGCUUAAUCAAUUGAGUGAGACCAGAUGUCCUAUUGGUGCCUACAAAUCAGUUGGCUGUGACUGUAUGUGGGUGUGGUACCCAUCAUGCACCUGCAUGUCGGGCGGGGCGUGCAUGUGUGUAUGUGUGCACGGCGAUGACGACCCCCCCCCCCCCCCCCCCCCAUGGCACUGAAGCCACAGUGAUGAAAAGCCCACCCGUCCUAAUGUGAGGCCAGUGCCUGUGGCCAUCAGGCCUCGGAUAAGCGGCCAUUCAUUCGCUUUGCAUCCACGCGAGUUUGUCGCAACGCUUCCGUGCCAAAUUAGCAGGAUUAGAGAUUAGAACUUUAGACAGUGAGGGAAUUGAGUUUGUACGUCAGGCCUUUCCCAUUGCUGCACUCGGAUCGAUGCGCGGCCACAUACCUUUUCAAAUGAGCACAUUAAAAGGAUGGGAGUGUUAUUAACAGGAUAGACUCGCACACCUCGGAGCCCCCAUCGGCCUUAAAACACCAAAACCCCACCCUGCUUUACAAUACCAGUCUCCUUCAUCUCCGACUGUUUGUACACUGUUAAUAGUUAACCAAAUCCAUAAACACUGCGUAUCUGCAGCCCCACCUCAUCCCAAGUCUCACACUGUCACAAUGGCCUCAUUCUCUGCUUGAUUUAUUGGAGAAAAGGAACGGGGUGAGCAGGAAAUAAAGGACGAGUAAUGAACCCUCGUUUUGCUGAAAUUGCAGCCACAUGAUGUAAAGGCCUUUAUUUUUUCUUGCUUCUCUUUUUAAGAGCGGAGCUUGAAUGACCAGCACUGUUUUCCAAGAGGCCCCCUGCUGAAGUUCACUUCCCCAUUUAUUUUUCCUGCAUCCCCUCGGUGUCUGGUUAAAGUGAGGCCCGGGAAAUAACUGCAGGAGAGAGGUGGAAGUCGUGGCUGAAUUCCAGCGCUCGUAUGUGGGCUACACAUCCAGCAGGAGUUAAUAAAAUGCAAGCCGGAGCAACAUCUUUUUUCUUUCUUUUCAUUGCUGCUGGGACCUACAUUACAAAGCCCUCCUCCUCUCUCCCCAAAGUCUUGACUUUUGAAAUAUGUUUAGUUAAGAAUACCGUGAGGAUAUGCACACGGAUUGUUUUGCUUUUAAGCGCUGCUAAAAUAAGAGCGGCGAGCUCUGCAUCUUUGGUGCCUGCUAAGAGUAACAGAGGGUGAUCAAGUAUCACACAUACAUGAUUGACCCCAAUACCAAGGCGGGGGUACGCCUCAUGCCUUCCAAUCCCAUCGGAACGGCGCUGAUCUGUCCUUUUGCGGCGUUUUAGUUUGGAUGCCUGCAGCUAUUCUGACAUGAAAUGGACGAUCACAUGAGGCGGAUAUACAAGGACAUAUUGUGUUGGUUCGGGCCACGUUGUAGGACCUGGACCGCAAACCAGUGCAGACGCUGAUGGAUGGUGUUGCUUUGCAGACGGAGGUAACUGGGGGUUAUGCUCACAUCUGUUUUCUGUAACCCAGUCACUCGGACGGACAGAGAGACGGACUCGAGACAACUGGAAACAUUCAUUUCUCUCUUUUAUUCAGUCCGGUUUUCCUUCCUUUUUUAUUCCACCGUUACUCUGCGGAGUGGAGAGCUAAUACAAACAAAGUCACUUCAUUCUUUUCUGGUCGUAAACUGAGUAAUUACAAGGCACUCUGACCUGGAAAUCGCCCUCCAAAUAAACACACACACGCACUCGGCUCACACACUUACCAGGAGGAGUUAGCAGGGAAAAAAGGAAAGAGCUACAGGCAUGAUAAUAAAGACUUGUUGGCUGGGGUUACUAGAGGGCAACGGCCGUAACUCCUCUCCCUGUGUGUGUGAAAGGAAGAGAGAGAGAGAGAGACAGAGAGAGACAAGGAUCAUGUGGCUGGAGUGUGCCGUGUCCACCGCUCAGCGCUGAAAGGGAGCAGCACCCAAAACGGGGCGGAUACUGCAGCUUGCGAACGCCUGGAAUCUGGAGUCUCUGUCUGCUCUUAUUUUCCAAACCCACUGUAAGUGACCAGUCCGCCGGCGUCAGAAGAGCCCACUGGGCCCCCCGAUUUGGGGAAAAAAAGCUGCCAUCCAGGCGCCAGACGGAUCUGGGGCGGGCGAAUAUGGAACUGGAUGAGGAUUGCACGAUGUCAGACUGGGAGGCCGUGCUGGAGCUGGACGAGGCGCUGGCAGGGUGGCUCCUGCAUGGUCCAGCUAGAGGGGAGUGGGGUUGGGAGUGGGGCUGGGCUGCCUCCAACCUCCAGAACCCCGAGUGGGCCACUGAGGAGAUCCCUGCUGUGCUGAGCCCGACAUACAAGCAGCGCAAUGAAGACUUUAGGAAAAUCUUCAAGCAGCUGCCCGACACAGAGAGACUCAUUGUGGACUACUCGUGUGCUCUUCAACGGGACAUCCUCCUGCAGGGACGACUCUACCUCUCCGAGAACUGGAUCUGUUUCUAUAGCAACAUCUUCCGCUGGGAAACGCUGCUGACAGUGCGGCUAAAGGACAUCUGCUCAAUGACAAAAGAGAAGACUGCCCGCCUCAUUCCCAAUGCCAUCCAGGUCUGCACAGACACCGAGAAGCACUUUUUCAGCUCCUUCGGAGCCAGGGACCGGACCUACAUGAUGAUGUUCAGACUGUGGCAGAAUGCGCUGCUGGACAAGCCGCUGUGCCCCAAAGAACUUUGGCACUUUGUUCAUCAGUGCUACGGCAACGAGCUCGGCCUCACGAGCGACGACGAGGACUACGUUCCCCCGGAUGAUGACUUCAACACCAUGGGGUUCAGUGAAGAGAUUCCCAUCGAAGAGAGUGAGAUCAACAAUGACAACUUGUCGAAGAGCAGCGUUGAGGCCAAGCCGGAGGGGAGUCCUCUGCCACUGCAUAAGAAGAUGGUUCCAAACAGCACCAUGCCCAGCCCAGGCAACCAUGACGCCCCCAUCACAUUUGACCUCCCAGCAGAAGAGUAUGCAGACUGCCUCGCGGACGGCGAGCUGCUCGCGUUGCCCCUUUUGUUGGAGGAGAGGAACAUUGAUACCAGCGGGCCUGGUGGUCCUGUCCCCUCGCCGUCUCUGGACUUCAACGAAGACAUCCCGACUGAGCUCAGUGACUCGUCCGAAACGCACGACGAGGGUGAAGUGCAGGCCUUUCACGAGGAUCUGAAUGGCAGGCAGCACAUCAAUGAGAUCUACAAGUUCAGUGUGGACAAGCUCUACGCGAUCCUCUUCACGGAGUCGCAGUUCAUGAGUGACUUCAUGGAACAGAGGCGAUUCUCAGAUGUGGUGUACCACCCGUGGAAGAAAGAGGAGGCUGGGAACCAGACUCGAGAGAUCAUGUACACCAUCUCGCUGUCCAACCCCCUGGCUCCCAAAACGGCCACGGUCAUCGAGACACAGACUCUGUACAAAGCCAGCCAGGAGAGUGAGUGUUACAUCAUCGAUGCUGAGGUCAUCACGCACGACGUGCCCUACCACGAUUACUUCUACACCCUCAACCGCUACAUGCUCACCAGGGUGGCCAAGAACAAGUGUCGGUUACGGGUAUCGACGGAGCUGCGCUACAGGAAGCAGCCGUGGGGGCUGGUCAAAGGCUUCAUAGAGAAGAACUUCUGGAGCGGACUAGAACAGAACUUCCGCCACCUCGAGUUGGAGCUGUCCAAGCUGGAGGAGUUACUGACCGAGUCCCACCAGCUGUCUCCGAAGGCCAAGGCGGUGAAGAACGCCACGGUGAGGCGGAAGAAGAGGCCGCUCCCCCACAUGCGCAGCCAGCAUCUGGACGAGGCGCUCAGCCCUGUAACCACGCCGACGGACGAGGAAGUGAUUCAGAGGAUCAAACAAGUGGCAGGCUCCACGCAAACCAGACACCAGAGUCCAGAGCACCAUCACCUGCCAGGGGGCCUCGCUCUCUACAGCGUCUCCAAAUUGCUGCUCAUCAUCAGCUUCGUCCUGGUCCUGCUGGUGUUCCUCAACAUGAUGCUCUUCUACAAGCUGUGGAUGCUGGAGUACUCCGCACAGUCGCUAACAACCUGGCAAGGUCUGCGGCUUCAUGAAAGUAAACUGCCUCAGACGCAGAUGGAGUGGGCCCAGCUCCUGGAGGCGCAGCAGCGUUUCCAUGACGCCGAGCUGCAGAAGUGGAGGGAGAUUAUCAAGUCGUCGGUCGUGCUGCUCGACCAGAUGAAGGACUCGUUAUUGAACCUCCAGCGAGGCAUUGGUAUCAAGGACUACAGCUCCGAGGCGGAGGAGAAGAGGAGUCGCUAUCACUGACACGCCGCCAACAAGGCCAUGAGGGCAUGCUGUGCAAUACACUGUGUCACCUGUGUUGUUUGUGAACCGGUAUGAGGACAGCAGCAGGACGGAAAGAGAGGACGGAGCGGGGGAGGCGGGACCGACAGCGAGCUGGUCGAACCGACACCAAGAGAGCAGCGCUCGUCUCCAGCGCACAGAGGUUGAACCCCCCCCCCCCCCCCCCCCCCCUAGAACCACGGACAGGAAGUGCCCCUUUCACACACAGGACUGAGGUGUCCCCAACAUCGCCGAGGUGCUCCUUCUCUACACCUGUGGGACGAACCGUUUCUUCUUCUUCUUCUCUCUUAUAAGUGCAUCCUACUGUAAGCCAUGGCGACCAGAGAGUCGCGGAGAGAAGGGAGGAACGCUACUGCAUGCAUUUAGACAACCUAGCUAGCCCCUCAAGUCAGUGUUAAUGUGGUCCAGUUCCAGUCUUAUGUGUGUCACAACAAAGAAAAGAAAAGAAGAACAGAAGACGAGGAGUGGUUGAGUCGAAGAAAGUGGGGGGUGGGAGGGGGGGCGGGGGUCCUUUUCGAGUCUUAAUGUGCUGUCUACACUCUGGAGACUGUUCCAAACCAUUCGUCCCUCUAGAGGUCCGCGCUGCAGCGUCCCUUUAGCGAACCUCCAUGUGAUCAAAGUACUGAAUCGUUCCGCCACCAAGAAGGAACCGCCGCGUUGCAGCUGGGAGCGCAGCUUCACCGAUAAGUCCCCGUUGCCUUGUUUGAACCUGGCCCGCGGGCUCUCCGGCAGGGCUGGUUCCCUGUCGGACUGAAAUAUUUAUAAGUUGAAUCUAAAGACAGAUGAGACCUAAGCCAGUAUUUUUAACCUCACAUACAAUUUAGUGAAUCAGUUGCCACACUGCUGGCUACCUCACAUUGCAUCAUUCCUCAUCCUUCUAAUGGAGUAGAAUGUAUCAGCCUGGGAAAAGAGGCCAGACUUUGAUCACAACCUAUUCAUUUUUUUUUUUUAAAGGGGGUGCUGCAGCCAGACCGAUAGGGAGAUCUGUGUCCUUACAUGUUUUAUUACUAAACUGUGACUAUAUCUCUUUAAAAAAAAGGUUUCAAAUUAGAAAGAAUUCUAUGAACAUAUUUGAAAUAUAUAAGAAUAUUUCAUUAUUUAAUAUAUAUAUAUAUAUAUAUUUCAAAAUAUAUAAACAUUACCUAUAUUUAUUGUUAAUUUAUGUAAAUAAAGAAAUUAUCAGAGCUCUAGACCAUUUCAAGAAUUUCUAACAAAAAAGUGUUUUCUUCAACAACAACAAAAUGCAUGCCAGAUAUGUCUGUGACAUGUCCAGUGUGGCAGGAUGAUUCUGCAUUUGCGCGAUUAUAUUUGCGCGAUUAUAUUUGCGCGUGCGUGUGACUGUGUGAGAGAGCGAGAGAGAGAGUGUGAAAAGAGUGAGUGCAUGCAUGUGUACGCGUGUAUGCACAAGUGUGUGCUGUCAAGUGUGACAUUUUUACCAUUCCACACUUGUAUGUUUCUGAUGUUUUUCUUUUCUGGCUCCUGCAGCCAGACUGCCUUUUUUAUGCAUUUGGAUGCUGCCUUGCAUCAGCCCCCGCCAGGGUACCGUUUAUGAUUGAAGAGUUUUGUUCCAAAAUGACAUAUCCAACAUUUUUAAAAAAAGUUACACCUACUUUUACAAAAAUGAUGGAUUGCUUAGACAACUCAUGUCAGUGUUUGACACGUAGUAAGUAGCUUAAAUACACAGUUUACAAACGGAAGAAGACAGAAUAAACACAAAAAAUUUUGAACUUGAUUAAUUUUUUUCGGAAAUGGAUAUAUAACAUUUUGGAGAUGAACUCUUCAUUUGCCCUCUAUAAGCAACUCUUUGUUCCCGUAACCACAUUAGUGGCUUGACGACUCCUUUCCUGGAACUUAUAGUUUUCAAGUUUUCAAAUUCACUUUCUUGCCAAAGGUUUGGUGAAGGUUUAUAACACUCGUGUCUGGAUGCUAAAUGUGGAGCUACAGCCAGAAGCCUGUUUCCAUUGUUUAUGCUAAGCUAACCAUCUCAUGGCUCUACUGUUUAACCGCCAGUUAGCUUAGCUAACCACUGAGUGAGGGUACAGACUAUCCAGGCUAACUAUUUGGCCUUUUUCCCAUUGUUUAUGCUAAGCUAACCAUCUCCUGACUCUAGCUUUAUAAGUAGCGUUCAUAUAUUCGAACGGUAUCAAAUCUUCUCAUAUAACUCGGCUUAGAAAUAAGCGUUUUUCCCAAACCUUCGGGCUAUUCCUAUAAAGGCACCUACUUCAACCCACUUCUUCUAUUUCAAGUGUCUGUCUUGGAAGCAUGAAAAUGAACUUUACGCAACUCAAUUGAACCAAAAAGAAGUAGAAGGAACGAUGGUGUUGUUUAAACUGGGUUUGGUGCGGCACAGAGCAUCUCCUAAGAGUUUGUCAACAGAGUCCACUGAGAGACUUUCGUGGUGGAAACACUUCCAAAUAAGAGAAAUGUCCUUGUGUUAAAAUAAAAAAGAGAGAAAAAGUUAAGCACUUUAAGGCCUUUUCAGGUGAAGAAUUAAAGAAAUAAAUGGCAGCCAUUUAGUUUGGAGGUGAUUACAGGGCUGAGGAAACUUUAUGUGGUGUUUUUUGUUGUUGAUUGGACAAUCACACUGGGAUUGACAAUUUACAAAAUCAUGAGAAAGUCUGGCUUGAUUUGAACCCCGCCGGUUUGUCAUUGCUCACAAAUGACUUCUGCCCAACUAGAAUAGUAAAUCUAUUCAGCACGCAAAUUUCUUUCAAUGUCAAAACCCCAAAGCCCGAGCUAAGGCUGACCCGUUGUUGUCUCUUUCAGCGCAUGGCAAAAUGAGUGAUCAGUACGAGGAAAUUGUAUCUUUACUGUGUGCCUGCAUGGCUGUUACUGACUGACUUAAUGAGAGCAGCAGAAAAGCUUCAGCACUGGACCCCUGCUGUGUGUGUGUGAAUAUUAUAGUUGAAGAAUACACUGAGUAAUGAUAACGCUUGGGAACCUUAAGCCCUGAAUGUGAGUGGAAAUGGUUUCUGUUUUAUAGAAGUCACUUUCACAACCCUGAUGACACUGAAAGAUUAUAUUGAAGCUAUGCUUCAUGUAUGUGAAGGUACAGAAAUGUCAUAUAUAUAUUUAUAUAUAUAUAUAUAUAUGAAAGUGUGAUUGAAAUGCUUUAUAUUGUUUGUUUUUCGAAGUGUAUGUGAAAUGAAUUUUUCCUUUUUUUUCUUUCCAGAUGCUUGAAUUAAAUUAGUUUGGGUUUUAAAAAAUAUCAAACAUUCUCAUACUGUUUUGAUCGAGACACGGUAAAUGCUUGAUGAGGUUGGUUGUGCUCCCCAAUUCUGUUUUUAUUGACUUGAUUUCAAUCUUCGGGAACGCUGCAAAUUUGUAUUUCACUGUCAUGGCUGAGUGAAAUUUCGUAUAUAUGUGCCGACACAUUUUAAUAUUGAACCGCCGUAAAAAUGCACAUUCUACUCGGUCCAAAUUCGAUCUUCACUCAAGCCUUCGAGGAACCGUCUCAGCGGAGCGCAAUUUCAUUUUUUUUCUUCAAUCGUCACAAUUAUGCAAAUCAAAUGUGUUGUUCACCUCCAUCGUCGACAGCUCCGUGUUUCGUACCGGGUCCAACAAAUGUGACUUUAAUUAAUCUGAGCGACAACCUCUCGCAGGUCACACCUGUCUUCACGGCUACCUGUGUUACACGAAUGAUUGUAUGAUUGCUAUCGCUGCACAGCUGUGGCACCGAGGUGACCCCGAGAGUUGUGGAUGCCGCCGUGUUUUGUCACUGACAACAAACGAGUUGUGCUCUUCUUCAUUGACCGUAUUACUUGGCAUCGAUUGGCCCCCAGCCGGCGAGACAUCGGUGCCAUAAGACGCAGCGCUAUAGCUGCCGGCAUUGGUUAACACUCCGCCACAGGGAUCACACACACACACCAACUUGCUGAAAAGGACCACUGAUCAAACUCAUAGCAAAUGUCUUGAAACAAACGUGUACUGGUGUAGUUCUGUUCAAAAAGAAUUCUACUGUAAGUUUUUUUUUUGUUUUUUGUUUUUUUAGAAAAUGUUCUGAUCUCUAAAGAGACUUUUAGUGAAAUUUCUACAUGAGAUGAAUAUACUGUAAGUAUAUGUCGUGUAUAUCUGCAGUGUGCACACACACACACACACAAAAGAAUCCAACCUGCGCUGCGCGUAGGUUUUGACUUGCUGAUGACUUUGCCUCAUAGAGACUGAAGAUAAAAGUGGCUUUCUGGUUCAUGUGAAGUAGAGAUUGGGAGUAUGAAUAAAAAAUAUAUAUAAUAUACAAA